UAUUACCUUCAGAAAAAGAUUCUCUACAAUCUCGUGAGAAAAUAUAAUAUUUUUUAGAUCCUGUGGGGAGUUUUCAGUUUUGGGGUCUGAACCCUCAAAGGGUUAGUAAAAGAAUACAAGUUAGUAAUUUUGUAAUUAAAAAUUUUCAGAAGAAUCUGUUUAAACACAAGAGCAAACAAUAAUAAUAAUAAUGUUGAGUGUAUCUGCAAAUUUCUUGUAUAUAUAUUAAUCUUUUAACACAAAACAAAAAUUAUGAUAGUGUUUUAAAAACAAUGUAAACUUUAUUAGUGUUCAUAAGUAGGAAAAGUUUUGCCUAAAUAAAUCUUAACAUGGGAAUAUGUUCAUAAGGAAGACCAGGAGUUUAGUGUCCAAAAUAGUUAAAAAAAAAAAAUCUUAAAAUAGACAUGAGUACAUAAGGAAGAUUAACUAUACCACUGUUGUGUGACUAAAAUUUUUUAGAUGAAAUACCUUCAUUUAAAAAAUAUGGAAAAACGUAAAGAACACGAACCAUAUCAAUGUUCAGAGUGUCUGAAAUGUUUUAGUGUAAAAUGCAGUCUUGUGAAUCAUACAAGAGUACAUACAGGAGAUAAACCAUAUCAGUGUUCUGAGUGUCUGAAAUGUUUUAGUAAAAAAAGCAAUCUUGUGUCACAUAUGAGAGUACAUACAGGAGAUAAACCAUUUCAAUGUUCUGAGUGUCUGAAAUGUUUUAGUCAAAAAAGCAAUCUUGUGACACAUAUGAGAGUACAUACAGGAGAUAAACCAUAUCAAUGUUCUGGGUGUCUGAAAUGUUUUAGUGUAAAAACAAAUCUUGUGACACACAUGAGAGUACAUACAGGAGAUAAAAAAUAUCAAUGUUCUGAGUGUCUGAAAUGUUUUAGUGAAAAAAGCAAUGUUGUGACACACAUGAUGACAGUACAUACACGAGAUAAACCAUAUGAAUGUUCUGAGUGUCUGAAAUGUUUUAGUGAAAAAAGCAGUCUUGCAAAGCAUACGAGAGUACAUACAGGAGAUAAACCAUAUCAGUGUUCAGAGUGUCUGAAAUGUUUUAGUGAAAAAAGCAAUGUUGUGACACAUAUGAUGAGAGUACAUACACGAGAUAAACCAUAUGAAUGUUCUGAGUGUCUGAAAUGUUUUAGUAUAAAAAGCAGUCUUGUGACACAUAUGAGAAUACAUACAGGAGAUAACCCAUAUCAGUGUUCAGAGUGUCUGAAAUGUUUUAGUGAAAAAAGCAGUCUUGCGAAGCAUACAAGAGUACAUACAGGAGAUAAGCCAUAUCAGUGUUCUGAGUGUCUGAAAUGUUUUAGUAAAAAAAGCAGUCUUGUGCCACAUAUGAGAGUACAUACAGGAGAUAAACCAUAUCAAUGUUCUGAGUGUCUGAAAUGUUUUAAUCAAAAAAGCAGUCUUGUGACACAUAUGAGAGUACAUACAGGAGAUAAACCAUAUCAGUGUUCUGAGUGUCUGAAAUGUUUUAGUCAGAAAAUCAAUCUUGUGACACAUAUGACAUAACAUACAGGAGAUAAAACAUAUCAAUGUUCUGAGUGUCUGAAAUGUUUUAGUCGAAAAAGCAGUCUUGUGACACAUGCACGAGUACAUUCAGGAGAUAAAACAUGUUAGUAUUUAAUGUUUCAGAAUUUUUUUUUUUUUUUUUUUUUUUUUUCCUCCAACAAGUCGGCCAUCUCCCACCGAGGCAGGGUGACCCAAAAAAGAAAGAAAAUCCCCAAAAAGAAAAUACUUUUAUCAUUCAACACUUUCACCAUGCUCACACAUUAUCACUGUUUUUGCAGAGGUGCUCAGAAUACAACAGUUUAGAAGUAUACACAUAUAAAGAUACACAACAUAUCCCUCCAAACUGCCAAUAUCCCAAACCCCUCCUUUAAAGUGCAGGCAUUGUACUUCCCUUUUCCAGGACUCAAGUCCGACUAUAUGAAAAUAACUGGUUUCCCUGAAUCCCUUCACUAAAUAUUACCCUGCUCACACUCCAACAGAUUGUCUGGUCCCAAGUACCAUUCGUCUCCAUUCACUCCUAUCUAACACGCUCAAGCACGCUUGCUGGAAGUCCAAGCCCCUUGCCCACAAAACCUCCUUUACCCCCUCUCCAACCCUUUCGAGGACGACCCCUACCCUGCCUUCCUUCCCCUAUAGAUUUAUAUGCUUUCCAUGUCAUUCUACUUUGAUCCAUUCUCUAAAUGACCAAACCACCUCAACAACCCUCUUCUGCCCUCUGACUAAUACUUUUAUUAACUCCACACUUUUUCCUAAUUUCCACACUCCUAAUUUUCUGCAUAAUAUUUACACCACACAUUGCCCUUAACCCUUUGAGGGUUUUCGUCGUACUAGUACGUCUUACGCGUAGGGGUUUUUGACGUACUAGUACUCAUAAAUUCUAGCGACCUCAAAUCUAGUGGGAGAAAGCUGGUAGGCCUUCAUAUGAAAGAAUGGGUCUAUGUGGUCAGUGUGCACAGUCUAAAAAAAAUCCUGCAGCACACGGUGCAUAAUGAGAAAAAAAAAACUUUUUCCAUUUUUUUUUAAUAAAUCAGCGACUUUGCAGUGUAUUUUCGUAUAGUAUUUAUUGUUGUAUUCUAGUUUUCUUGGUCUCAUUUUAUAGAAUGGAAGACAUAUUACUGAAAUUGAGAUGAUUUUGACUGGUUUUACAAUGAAAGGUGCCUUGAAAUUGAGCUCAAAGUAGCAGAAAAUGUUCGAUUUUUACCAAACUUCAAAAGUAAACAAAUCGUGCCAAGCGUGCAAUACACGUCAACUGGUGAGUCUAAUAUUCUUUCACAAGUGCACCAAUAAUAUUUAUACCAUUUUUUACACUAAUGCAGUAGUCUGCAUAACAGUAAAUCUUAUAUUUUUUGUGAGAAUAAAAAUUCAAAGUGGAAAGCAAAAGAAUAUAAGAGGGGCCUUGAGACGUGACUAAUGACUAGAGAAAUGUCAUUUUAGUGCCAGGAAUGUCUUUCUUGUUUAUUCUUGACCCUAUUCCGAAAUUGGCAUCUUUUGAAAUUUGUGUGAAAUUGGCAAAAUUGCUAAAUUCUGACCACUGUACUGGAUAGUUGAAUUUAUAAAUGGGUGGUUUCUUGCACCCAUUCGAUAGAAAAAAUGGAGUUCUAGCGAAAUAUUCAUGUUUUUUGUCGACUAGUACAGUGAAAUUGGCCGAAAAUGGGGUUCAAAGUGGGCAAAAUCGCCGAUCCGUAAACAUCGCAGAGACCGCUAACUUUGCGAGAGCAUAAUUCCGUAAGUUUUCUAUCAAAUUUCAAACUUUUGGUGUCGUUAUGAUCGGGAAAAGAUUCUCUAUCUUUUCAUAAGAGAAAAUAAUUUUUUUUUUUUUUUAAAUUUGGCCGACCCUGAGAACGAG